AUUAUUUGUGGGUCAAUAUAUAAAGCAUAGAUUUAUUAAUAAAAAAAUGCUUUUGGAUCAUGAUUUAUCAGGAAAGAGUCCAUCAUUAAAGAAACGGAAGUUAAAUAAUUCGACUAUAUCACCGACAAAUCCUCAGCAAAUCAAUGAAAUCAUAAGUAAAUUAUCUAUGCCGUUACAUCCUGUUCGUGUUGAACAGCAGUAUGCCAAUUGUCAGAAUGGUUCGAGUUAUAUUGGUAGUGUUCAAGCGUAUGCAAAGCUUGCAGGAGCAACAUGGACAUAUUAUGUCAAAGCACUUAAUGUUACAAUAGGCAGAGAGCCAGAUCAUACAGCAUCUAAAGACGAUACUGAUUCGAAAUCAGAUGUUCAUGUUGAUUUAGAUCUUGGUCCUACCAAAAUUAUUAGUCGAAAGCAUGCAGUUAUUGAAUAUGAUCUUCAGGGACGAUUUUGGGAAUGUAUAGUCUAUGGAAGAAAUGGUCUUAAGAUUGAUAAUAAGCUUUAUAAAAGUAAUAAAAGAAUAAGACUUUCUAAUGGAAAUAUUCUUGAAAUAGGAGGCGUUCAAAUGAUGUUUGUAUUACCAGAUUCAGUUCCAAAGAUUUCUCUGAGCGCUCUUAAUUAUAACGAAGAUGAUAUUAUAUACGAUGAAUGUAAUCAGUUUCAAAAAAAUUCUCAUAGUAUUAAAAAAACAUCAUUUUCACCGGGGUAUAAAAAAUCUCAUAACGAAUCUCGUCGAAAUAAUUCAUUAUCUAUGCUUUAUUUUUCUGCAUCUUCAGAUUAUAAAAAUACCGAUAUUACUUCUGAGAGGGAUUUAAGUCUCGAUUCAUCAAAAGAUAUUAAACCUCCAUAUAGCUAUGCUACAAUGAUUGCUCAAGCAAUUAUGUCGACCGAAGAAGGAAAGUUAACAUUAUCUGGUAUUUAUUCAUGGAUAUCAAGUAAUUAUGCAUAUUAUAGAUUUUCCAAAAGUGGAUGGCAAAAUUCUAUAAGGCAUAAUCUUUCACUUAAUAGAGCAUUUCGUAAAGUUCCUCGUCGUGCAGAUGAACCAGGAAAAGGAAUGAAAUGGCAAGUUACACCUGAAUAUCGUGACGAGCUUAUAAAAAGAACAAAAAAACAAGGACUGCAUCGGAAAAUUAAACCUCUCAAUUCAGCACUAAAUACGAAUUCUUUAAAUUCCAAAAUAUCACCGAUUUUAUUAGAAUCAUCAAUUCAUAAUAAAACAAUUUUGGAUCCACCGUCAACUCCUGUUUCUUCCAAAUAUUCUAGCAUGAGAAAUCAAAAUGGAUUUUUUCCUGGUGAUACAACUAAUUAUGAUUCUCAUUCCAACUUAUUUUUCUAUGGAAAUCAAUCAAACACAAUGAUCACUACCCCUCCUAACAUAGCUUCACCUAUAGAUUCUUAUCAACAUACAUGUAUAAUAAAACAGCCAAAUUUCUUUACACCAGAUCACAGCGGAUUCACUUCAAAAGAACCAUUACUAGUAUCAUCAAACCAUAGCAUAAAUCAUCAUUCUUAUUAUCCCACUUCAUCUCCUGCUCCUUUUUGGCGAUACAUGGUCAACUCUUCUAUAAAUAAUACUCCAAACAAAAGCUCCGAAAAUCAUACUUAUUCUUAUUAUUCUUCACCACCUGCAUCUGUCUCACAUAAAAUAGAGACAUUCGCACAUGACUUACCUGGAUUCAAUACUACUGAAAGCAUCCUUGAUCUUCAGGGCGUAGAUUUGGCUAAGGGUUUUGAAAAUAUUAGUAAAUGGAGAGAAAACCAACUACAAAAUAUGGUACUCAAUGAUUCACAUUCAUAAUUCCAUGAAUCAUUCUCUAAUCACUUAAUCCUCUAAUCACCUCA